GCUUCCUGCCUCCUCCUUCGUCUCUUGACUGUAAAAGAGGGGAAAUCCAAUGAAAAUCCAAUGAAAAUUCCAAAAUCCCAAAAUCCAAAGCUCCAAAGCUUCAAAGCCAAUAAUUUGCCCCACCACCACCACCAUUACCACCAGAAACCCUAACCAAAAGAGAAGACGCCUCUCUCAAUCCUGAUGGGCCCCUUCCAAUAAUCGAUUGUUACUUUGAACUAUUACUAUUACUUACUAUCACUAUCACUAUCACUAUCAUUAUUGCCUUCACUACGCGUAUUACUUUCACCAUUGCCGCUAUAAACUUCCGCGCGUUUACCCAAAGACACACUCCAGAUGGACGCAUGUGCGAGAAGUGCAUAACCUUAUUUACCAGCCUACAUAACACAACUACCUAGGUAAUAGUAAUAAAGAGUCGACAAGUUAAAUUCGUCCACAAAAACAUAUCACGUCACAUCAAGCCAAGAUCAAACUCAGUCAUCAUAUCCUCCAUCCAUUUCUCUGCACGCAACCAAAUAUCCAGACUCGUUCACAUUAUCGCAACUCAAAUACCCUUCAAAAAUGGCGGAGUCUACACAAUCGCCCGUCGCAGGCCAAACCUCCCCGAAAAGUCCUACAUCUCCAGGAAGAUCGAGCAUACCAUCUGCCAUGCAGGCGAUGCCCGAUUCCCGUCAACAAAGCUUCGAAGAAAUCUACGGACCUCCCGAAAAUUUUCUGGAAAUAGAAGUCCGCGAUCCCCAAACCCACGGCAUCGGCCGCAGCAUGUACACCGACUACGAAAUCAACUGCAGCACCAACAUCCCCGCCUUCAAGCUGCGCAAUUCAACCGUCCGACGCCGCUACAGCGAUUUCGAAUACUUCCGCGACCUCCUGGAGCGCGAGAGUGCGCGCGUGACCAUCCCCCCUCUGCCCGGAAAGGUCUUCACCAACAGAUUUAGCGAUGAUGUGAUUGAGCAUCGCAGAGGGGGCUUGGAGCGAUUCUUGCAGAUUGUCGUUGGUCACCCGCUCUUGCAGACGGGUAGUAAGGUUUUGGCUGGCUUUGUACAGGAUCCAAACUGGGAUCGGAAUGCCUGGUGAAGUCGUUGGGAGGAUGCGGAAGUGAAGACUCAACAUGUUCCACGAAAACUCAAGAAACGACGUCCGAAUACCAUGGGAAAGACGAUAUCAAUGGUACAAACAAUGUCCUAAGCUCAAGCUCCAAUGCAGGAAACCUGAAAUAUGAUAAGAUAGCUUACAAAGAUGGGAGUAUGGUAAUUUCAUACUCAAAAUGGGGUGGGGGAAGGGGGGUGUUAGCCGUAGUUUUAUUUCGAUUUUCUCACAUAUACCAAGGGCGUUUAGCUGGUGGGUGGCUGCAUUUCGACCAUCUUGGGGAAAUGGUUGCUUGCACAAUUUAAUUGCAGGUUCUGUUAUAUCAGCUACAUCAGAAUCAAGCA